AUCCAGUUUAGUUCAGUAAGUAAUUUGUACAACUUAUAGUUUCUCUGUUGACUUAGACAAGGAAGGAGUUGGAACUGCAGGCCUUAGGCUGAGCCGUGGUUUCUUUGUUUGUUAGCACAUACUUGGAACUCAAAGUCAUAGUUUAUUUGGCUUUCUGCAUCCAAAAGUCCAGAACUUGACUGAUACAAAAGAUGAAUAGUGAGAUAGUAGAAUUGUAUAAUGUUCCUUCUCAAACUCUCUACUUAGCAUCAGACUGGUUGGUUUGUUUCUAAAACCAAUUUAAACCAUAAUAUAAUUGUAACAUGCUCACUUUACACACGAAACCAUAAAUAUUCCCACAAGUUCUCUCGUUUCCUUUUUGUACACCAGUGUCUUAGUGGGAAUAUGUUAUUUCCUCCACCAACAAAUUCUCGUCCCUUUUGAACAUCACCAGAAUUAAUUAGACUACCCUAGAAUAAAAAGUAAUUCUGAGUUGCUUGGAUUCUGUUUUCAUCAUUCAUUCUCCAAGCUGUGUGCGGCGCACAAAUAAGAUUUUUUAGCAGAACAUGGAGAAUGAGACAGAAUUGAGAGUUGUUCAACAGGAAGAACAACAACGUGAAGGAGAAGCAGAAGAAGAAGGACAGCCACAAAACCAACCAGCCUUACGACGCCGUUUUAUGAUUUAUCUCUAUGUUGGAUAUUUUCUUGCCAGAUGGAGUGCCAGAACAUGGGAAUUCUCUGUUGCUUUGUAUAUGAUCCACUUGUGGCCAAACUCUCUGCUUCUCGCAGCGAUUUAUGGGGCAAUAGAAUCUGGUUCUACUGCAAUCUUUGGCCCCAUUGUGGGGCAAUGGGUCGAAGGAAUGGACUACGUUAAAGUUCUAAGACUCUGGCUCCUGUUCCAGAACCUCUCCUACACCAUUGCUGGUGGUGCAGUCAUCAAGUUGUUGCUAGUUUCUGAUCUCAAGUCUCAGAAUCUCCCGGUGUUUGCAAUCUUGGUUGUGUUAACGAAUAUUGCUGGCGCCGUUGGAGUGCUUUCGACUCUUGCUGGCACUAUAUUGAUUGAACGAGACUGGGCUGUGGUUAUGUCAGAAGGUCAUCCACCAGCUGUAUUGACAAGAAUGAACUCUGUCAUUAGAGGCAUUGAUUUGAGUUCCAAGCUACUGUCUCCAGUCAUUACCGGUUUGAUCAUCAGUUUUGUCUCUCUUAAGGCGUCAGCGAUUACUUUUGCAGCUUGGGCUACUAUAACCGCUUGGGUUGAAUAUUGGCUGUUCAUUUCUGUGUAUAGUGGUGUUCCUUCGAUAGCACAAAGUAAUGAGAGACGGAUCUUGCGUUCCCGGACAAAGCCAGUAGAAGCAACAGAUGCACCUGUUGCUAUAUCUACUGUUCCGAGAACAGAGGAGGGUUCUCAAGGAACCACACCAAGUAGAACCGGAAUCUUGAAGAUUCUUGAUAGAGUAUCCAAGUCCUCUUUCGUUGGUGCGUGGAGAAUAUAUUUCAAUCAAGAAGUUGUACUCCCCGGUGUUUCUCUAGCUCUCUUGUUCUUCACCGUUCUCAGCUUUGGAACAUUGAUGACGGCUACAUUACAGUGGGAAGGUAUACCUACAUAUAUCAUCGGUAUAGGCAGGGGAAUAAGUGCAACGGUUGGACUAGCGGCUACAUUCGUGUAUCCUCUAAUGCAAUCCCGUCUCUCAACGCUGAGAACCGGCCUCUGGUCUUUCUGGUCUCAGUGGAGCUGCCUUUUGGUCUGUGUUGGCUCAAUUUGGGUAAAAAAGGAUAAGAUAGCAUCUUACAUGCUAAUGGCUGGAGUUGCUGCUUCAAGGCUUGGCUUAUGGAUGUUUGAUCUUGCCGUCAUCCAACAAAUGCAGGAUCUCGUUUCAGAAUCCGAUCGUUGUGUUGUUGGAGGUGUUCAGAACUCAUUGCAAUCGGCUCUUGACUUGAUGGCAUAUCUAUUGGGUAUCAUUGUAUCCAAUCCAAAGGAUUUCUGGAUAUUGACGUUGAUCUCAUUCUCCACGGUUACGUUAGCAGGAAUGCUCUAUACAGUUCAUCUCUACCGCAUUAGAAACCACAUUUUUCACUUUGAGAAGAUUCCUUUGUUGAACAAAUGUUUUAAGUUACUCCCUUCUCGUGGAAAACAUAGUCAAAACAAACAACAAAUGUUUUAGUAUUGUAGAGCGCCACCAUUUCUCAAACAUGGAUGACUACUACCAAAAAUGAUCCCAAUGGCUAAAUAAUUGCUUAAAAUAGGUCAAAAACAUAGUCAAAACAAACAACAAAAAAGAAUAGGUCAAUG